UAUACAAAACAGAGUACCUAGAGAAGAUGAAGAAACUAAUAGAAGACAGAAAUACAUAUAAAUCAAUACGAACUGAUCCUACAAACACUCUUCAAAGGAAAAACAACAAAAUAGUGGACGAACUUUACAAAGGCAAACACAUAAACUUCAGGGAAAAACUAAAACUCACCUGCACUGCAGCCACGGCGCCCAGAAUUUAUGGCUUGCCUAAAAUACACAAGCCUGGAGUUCCACUUCGUUCUAUUGUCUCUUCUAUUAUGGUCCCCUGUUACAAACUGUCCAAAUACAUCGGCGAGAUUUUACAAAGUCUAAUUUCAGGAAAAUAUAACGUCAAGAAUGCUUUUAAUCUUAAAGAUAAGUUAACCAACGUCCAUGUGUGUGAUGAAGAUGUUUUAGUUUCGUUUGAUGUCAUUUCCCUAUUCACAAAUAUACCAACGACAUUAGCUUCGAGAAUAAUUAUGAAUAAGUGGGACCUAAUUCAACAGAAAACUUCUAUUCCAAAAAAGAAAUUUCACGAAAUAAUAGACUUUUGCCUCAAGGAUAACAAUUACUUUAUGUUCAGCAACAAACUAUACGCACAAACAUUUGGAAUGCCCAUGGGAAAUCCAAUUUCUCCAACAAUCGCUGACAUUAUCAUGGACAACCUACUGGACAACACCAUCACUGAGCUGAAAGAAAAAUUUAACAUUGACAUAAAGUUUGUAACAAAAUACGUGGACGACAUCUUCGCUAUUAUCAAACGUAAUGACGCGAAUAUUAUUCUAGAUACUCUUAAUAAAUACCACAAUAAACUGAAAUUUACUAUGGAAAUUGAAAAAGACUCAAAAAUACCAUUUCUAGAUGUUUGUAUUUAUCGAGAAAAGCAAAACCUCCUUCUAGACUGGUACUCAAAACCAACCUCCUCUGGACGCCUGAUAAAUUACUUCUCAUCUCAACCAAGAAACUAUAAAAUUAACACCGCAAAAAACUUAAUCCACAAAGUACUGACGAUAAGCCACACACAGUUCCAUGACGCCAAUAUAGAGAAAAUAACCAACAUCCUAAAAAACAAUAAUUAUCCUGUCAAAUUAAUACACGAACUCAUAAAUCAGGAAAUAAUAAAACAUAGCAACCACCCUAACACACAAUCGGACUCAGAAACAACAAAAAGCGCAAAGAAAUUCUUCAGUGUUACAUACAUUCCCAAUCUUACCGAUAAUUUUGAUCAUAACAUAACAAAAACACAAAACACAGCACUUGCAUAUAAAUCUAAUUGCACACUUUCGAGAAUAUAUACAAAAACAAAGUGUCCAGUGGAGGUCCACCAACAAAACAACGUAGUCUACGAAAUUAAAUGCAAUGGGAAGGAAACAGAAACAUGCGGAAAGGUGUACAUUGGGACAACGAAGCGGCCUUUAGGUGUUCGAUUAGGCGAACAUGAAGCGGACAUAAGGAAACGGAAAAGCAGUACAGCAUUAUCACAGCACAUUUUAACAAGUGGACACACAGCUGAUUUCGCGAACACAAAUAUUAUUGACAAAGAAAGAAGAGAACAGAUUCGAUACACAAUAGAGAGCCUUAGAAUUAUGCAAAAACGAGAAAUGACAAUUAAUAAGAAGGAAGAUACAGACAACAUUGCGGCCGCAUACAUAACUUGUUUACAGAAAUGAAAUUUUCAGUACUGACUAAACUACCACAUCAAGUGGGCUUGUUCUUCAAAAUAAUUUGUUUCGAAUUUUGUUACGUUGGCGAAAGCAUCGGUAUGCCUUUACCGCAGACAUUGAAAAGAUGUUUCGCCAAAUUGAGGUCAAUCCCGCUCAGCGGAUAUACCAGCAAAUUUUAUGGCGCUAUAACAAAAGUGACUUAUGGUACGACUCCGGCUCCUUAUCUCUCAAUUCAAGUUUUGCGUCAACUUUCUGAAGAUUAUAGGAACGAGUAUGAACUAGCGUCAGCUGUGUUAGACGCAGACACGUACGUCGAUGAUGUUAUGUCAGGAAAUUUUAGCCGGAACAGUCUCAUUGCAAAAAGAUUUAUGUGCUGCUCUUCUUAAUAAAGGUCAGUUCGUACUUAAAAAUUGGAUAAGUUUAAGAAUAGUUCCGCCACUUUUGAUCUUAAUCGAGAUAAUGUAGUUAAAGCGCUCGGUGUUCAGUGGAACACCACUUUCGAUUAGUUCGCUUUUAAAACUAGCUUCAAGUCUGACUCCAAGCCAACAAAACACUCGAGCGGACAGUGCACGUCCCUUCGACCAUUUAGGAGGGCUCACCCCUGCGACUAUAGUUGCCAAAUUACUUUUUCAAAAAUUAUGGCUUGGUGGUGUGGACUGGCAGGAAGAAGUCCCCACUGAUAUUGAAUCAGUAUGGUACGAAUACAAAUCAACUUUAACUGCGUUUCAUGACAUACAAAUCCCUAGAUGGAUAGGUUAUUCGCCCAGCUGUACCUUUGAUUUGCAUUGCUUUUGCGACGCUUCACAAGUCGCUUAUGCCGCAGUAGUAUACGCACGCAUUUUCGUAGUCUCUUUUCUUCAAGCCAAGUCAAAGGUAGCACCCAUCAAAACUGUAUCCAUACCCAGAUUGGAGCUAUUUAUGUGCAGCUGCUCUUUUAGUCCAACUCACAGCCAAUGUGAUAGAGUCUUUUACUCAAAAUUCUCCAAAUUGUAUUCAGUCAGCAACGUACUGUAGUGACAGCACAACAGUGGUGAGUUGGAUUAGGCAGUCUCCAUCAUAUUGGAGUGUCUACGUAGCAAAUCGCGUAGGCGAAAUUCAGCGCCAUUCAAAUAUUGUCCAAUGGCGAUAUGUUCCAUCGCACAUUAGGUCAAAUGAUUACUUUUUCUGUGCGAAAUUAAUAGCAGCUAAAAUAUUGCUCAAAAACAUUGUCCAAUUAGCUUGGUUUUGACACAAGUUAUUUUCUUGCCAUACUCCAACCCCACCCCCGCACCCCCUCCCCCUCUUAAAAUUAGCUACACAACAAAAUAAGUAUGGUCACAUGUACAUAAGUGGUUUCUUCUAGCGAUUAAUUAUGGCAUUAUCGAAAUUCCUAAAUUAAAAAAAGAAAAAUAUUUACUACAUGCCUCGCAGAUAUGUCUUGAGGAGAGGUUCCUAAAGCAGGUACUCUCCAUAAAGCACUUAAUUUUCACUUGAGGUUUCAGUAUUCCCAAAUUCCCCCAAUUCCGUAAAUUCUCUCAAGGAUUUGCCCUUUUUGCGAAGGCUGCUCAUCAAUGGUCUUUGCGAAUCGACGCAAGUGUAUUUGCAACAUAGCCACGGCUACGCUACAGUAGAUGAAAUGUAAUCCAAAUUGAGUCUGCUAUUUUUUUUUGCUAUCACAUACUUCCAUCUUCACUAUUUAUCAUCAUUAAAAUUGAUUAUUUAUCACCAAAAAAUUUAGGAGAUAUUUUUGGAGAUAGCUGAAAAUUCGGGAAAAUUUUAGCUUUCCUAUUUUACCAUUUUAGCGAUAGCGAAAGUUAGAAUUCGGCUGAUGGUCGACACAGUCACUUUUUUAUUUCGAAAAGAACUUCAUCAGCAAGAAACGCUAUGUUUACAGAUCUAAAUAUUUUAGCAUCCUUUCCA